UUCUAAAAUUAGCUUUAGCUUCAUUACCAUUUACCAUACUCCUUUUUACUUACUUUAACACCUUCAUCUACCAACCAACAAAUCAAGAGAUCCAAUCACCUUUUCUCUCUCUUUUUUUCAAACCAAUAAAGCAAGCACCCAACUCCUUACUCACUCACUCACUCACUCAACCAAAAAAAUGGCUCUAAAAAAACCUCUCCCAUCGUUCACCACCUUAACACUACUUUGCAUCACAACACUCUCUCUCCUUGCAUCUCUCACUUCUUCUCGUUUCAUCACUCCAUCACACACUUCUCUUCUUGAUGUCUCUUCAUCAAUCCAACAAACCAAUCAAAUCCUUUCUUUUAACCCUAAAAAUAACAAUCUUCUAGAAGCUUCUAAUUAUAAUAACCAACAACAAAAAACCCAAUUCAACCCCAUUUCAAAUUCUUCAUCUCCCUUCACUCUUCUCUUACACCCAAGAGAAACCCUUUUAAACGAACACCACAAAGACUAUAAAAAUCUCAUCUUUUCACGACUCGCUCGUGACUCAGCCCGAGUCAACUCACUCAACACAAAACUCCAACUCGCUCUCAACAACAUUAAAAAAUCGGAUCUUCACCCGACCCAAACGGAGCUCCAACAACUAGACCUAUCCACCCCAGUUUCCUCCGGCACCGGUCAAGGCUCCGGCGAGUAUUUCACCCGACUCGGAGUGGGUCAACCCGAAAAACCAUACUACAUGGUUCUCGACACAGGAAGCGACGUGAAUUGGAUCCAAUGUAAACCUUGCUCCGAUUGUUACCAACAAUCCGACCCGAUUUACGACCCGACAACAUCCUCAACUUACGGACCGUUAACGUGCGAAGCGCAACAGUGUCAAGCGUUGGAAAUAAGCGCGUGUCGUAACGGUAAAUGUCUUUACCAAGUUUCUUACGGUGACGGUUCUUUUACCGUGGGUGAAUUUGUAACCGAAACGGUGUCGUUUGGAUCCGGGUCGGUUAAUCGGGUCGCAAUCGGGUGCGGGCAUGAUAACGAGGGUUUAUUUGUUGGUGCAGCUGGUUUACUCGGGUUAGGGGGUGGGGCCCUUUCAUUAACUUCACAAAUCAAAGCGUCGUCGUUUUCGUAUUGUUUAGUGGAUCGCGACUCGGCUAAAUCAUCGACUCUUGAAUUCAACUCGGCUCGACCGAGUGACUCAGUUACCGCGCCGAUGUUAAAAAAUCAGAAACUCGAUACUUUUUACUACGUCCAACUCACCGGAAUGAGUGUCGGCGGUGAGAUGGUGAACGUACCGCCGGAGAUUUUCGAGACGGAUCAGUCGACGGGCGGUGGAGUAAUUAUCGACUCGGGAACGGCUGUGACUCGGCUCCAAUCUCAGGCUUAUGAAUCAGUACGCGACGCGUUUAAAAGAUUGACUCAGAAUUUGCGUUCUGCAGAAGGUGUUGCGAUUUUCGACACGUGUUAUGAUUUAUCAUCGUUGAGAUCUGUGCGCGUUCCAACGGUGUCGUUUCAUUUUGGGAAUGAUAGGGUUUGGGAUUUGCCGGCAAAGAAUUAUUUGAUUCCGGUUGAUUCUGACGGAACUUUCUGUUUCGCGUUUGCGCCAACUUCUUCGUCGUUAUCUAUUAUUGGAAAUGUGCAACAACAAGGGACACGUGUCAGUUUUGAUAUUGCUAACUCUUUAGUGGGAUUCUCACCCAACAAGUGCUAGAUUUCGUGUAGUCAUUUGGAUAUUACCUAUUUAACCCCACAUCUUGAAUAUAAUAAUGUUAUUAUUUCUCAUAAUUUAAGUAGUAAAUGUCGGUUGGAAAAAAUAUAUAUAGUAGUUUUCUCUUCAAUAUAAAAGAAAAUUUGUUAUUA